AUGACAAACGAUAAUGACACUCCCACUCCCAUGGACACCUCGGAUGUCAUUCAGACUCCACUCAACGCUGCAGCAACUGGCGUGACAACCGCUGGAAACAUCACAGCGUCAACCACUGCAGCAACAACGAGCACUUUCCUCCCUGCGGGGAAUGCUGCUGAUGAAACCACUCGCCGUACCCUAUUCGGUGCUGGUCUUUAUCAGACGGGUUCCAUUUCAGCAACUGCAAGUGGUCCGGUGGCAGUUCAAACUCCUCCGACUGUCCCUAGUGUGUUCACUCAAGGACUGAUGCCAAACCAGUUUGAUGGCAAAGGUUUCAAAACGUGGCAGAAGAAGAUGUUGUUCUUCCUGGCAACGAUGAAGCUGGAGAAGUUCCUCCAGGAGGACAAGCCCCUUAUGCCCUACGGGAUUGAUGAUGUUCACAGCCUCGCAACUGUUGACAUAUGGGUGCAUUCCGACUUCAUCUGCAAAGGCUACAUUUUGGGUCGCCUCAUUGACCCAUUGUACCGUGUCUACUGUGAGAUUCCCACGGCGAAAGAGCUAUGGAGAUCACUAGACAAGAAGUACAGAGGUGAGGACGCUGGCUGCCAGAAGUAUGUGGUCUCAAAAUUCCACGACUUCAAAAUGGUGGAUUCAAAACCCAUCAUGGAUCAGGUGGAAGCGCUUCAGCUCAUUUGCCAUGAAAUCGCUGCUGAAGGAAUGUCCAUCUGCGAGACAUUCACAACUCUCAGCUUCAUUGAAAAGCUUCCUCCAAGCUAUGCGGAUUUCAAGAACUACUUGAAGCACAAGAAGAAGAAGAUGGGGCUCGAGGAGCUCAUCACGAGGCUUCAGAUGGAAUCCAGAAACCGAACUGCUGCAAAGGUCGGUACAAAGGAGCACAGUGUCAACAUGGCUGAGCACAAAGGAAAAGGAAAGGCACACGCCUAUUCUCCUGCCAAGCCUUCCAAAACUGCUGCAGCCUUGAAGGCUUCUGGAAAAAACUUCAAGAACAAAGGUAUUGAGAUCAAUGCGAAUGUGGAGAAGUUCAAGGGGAAAUGUCACUACUGCCACAAAGUGGGGCAUAAGACUGUUGAGUGUCGAAAAAGAUCAAGGAUGAGAAAGAUCAGGCAAAUCUCACUGAGGAGGAUCUCGUUGCUGUGGUGA